AUGAAUAAAGAGCUGACCAACCAAGUUUCGAUCAGUUCCGAGCAGCUGGAUCGGGAAUCCGGCUCGGACACUUUUGACCAGAGGUUCGACCCGCACUCUGGGCUCAAGAGAGGUCUGAAAACCAGACAUGUCACACUUAUGGCUCUCGGAGGAAUUAUUGGACCAGGUUCGAUCGUUGGACUGGGUGUCUAUUUACACAAGGAUGGCCCUGCCGCUCUGAUUAUAGAUUAUACCGUCGUUGGAAUCGUGGCUUUCUCGCUAAUGCAGUCUAUCGGAGAGCUCAACUCUCUGUUCUCUGCCACUAAUGGCUUUAGUAACCACAUCACGAGGUUUGUCGACGAGGCGUUUGCUGCCAUGGCUUCCUACAAUUAUCUGAUUGUCUGGAUCUGUGUUUUGAUGGCCGAGUACAUCACUCUUUCGUCGACGAUGAACUUCUGGGCUCCCCAGGUGCCGACUUGGGGAUACUUUUUGAUAUUCUGGGCUUUCUUCCUAUGUGCGCAGUUCUUGGGCGUUGAAGGGUAUGGUGAGGCGGAGUACUGGCUGUCUAUUAUCAAAUUGCUUGGCUUAUCGGCAUUUUACGUGUUCACCAUCGUGUACAUGUGUGGUGGAGUGAAAGGAACACCGGCGUUUGGUUUCAGAAAUUUUAACACUCCGUGGGCUGGCCAGUCGGCCAUCAAAUCUUUGGCCAGUGCCAUUGUCAACUCGUCGACAGCAUAUGUCGGCAUUGAGCUAAUGUCGUUGAAUGCAGCGGAGACUAAAAACCCCAUCAGAGCCAUUCCUAUUGCCGUGAGACAGACUCUGAUCCGAAUCAUGUACAUAUACGUGUGCAUCUCGUUGUCCUAUGGUAUUACUGUCCCGUACAACUCGCCGCAGCUGUCAAAUGGUGUGAGCUCUCUGAAGUCACCGAUCUACGUGGCUCUGUACAAUGCUGGCUGGCACAACGCGCACCAUCUGGUGAACUUAUUUGUGGUGGUGAUAUCGUUCAGUGCAAUCAACUCUGCGCUCUACAUUGGAACAAGAACCAUUGUGAACAUGGCGAAUGAACACAUGACGCCAUUCCCGCGCUUUUUCAGCAAAGUCAACAGACGUGGUGUGCCAUACGUUGCAGCCAUCACAUUUAAUCUUUUUGGUUUCCUCAGUCUGCUUCAAGUUGGAAGCAGCUCCAGAACCGUCUACACCUACUUUGUCAACGUUUCUGGAGUGUCUAUCUUUUUUGUGUGGUCAUCAAUCGCCAUUGCACAGAUCAGGUUCAGAAAAGGCUGGAUUCGGGCAGGCCACAGCGUACAGGAGCUGCCGUUCAAAUGUCUUUGGUAUCCUUACACUCCGAUAUUCUGUAUCGUGAUGAGUCUGUUUUUGGCCUUGAUCCAGGGCUGGAUGUAUUUGAAGCCGUUUGACCACUCGUCGUUUAUUGACGCUUACAUCAUGCUGCCGUUGUCGGCGUUCUUUUUCUUUGGCUACAAGAUUUGGAAGAAGACCAAAUGGGUCAGAUACGAAGAAAUGGAUUUCGAAACAGGCCGGAGAUACGAGCUUGAGGAGGAGCUGAGACGGGUCCAGAAGGAGAGGCAAUUGAACCCUCUUACGAAAAAACAGAAACUCAAGCUCUUUUUUGGAGAAUGGGUCUGA